AACGCGUGAACCACACACGUGCCUAAAUUAGAAGCUCUCCGUCCCGGAAUAUCGUUUCCGAUGACGGUGCCGUCUUUGUUCAACCGGCGACAGAGAAAAACGUCGCCAAAGAUUUAGACCUCGAAGCUCUUAUCCUGGAAGGUAUGUACGUCUCACAUUGUUGGAUAAUGAUGGAAUGUUCAAAGAGAAAUUUUAGGGUUUAAGGACUUUGAAUAGUCGGAGAAAAAAAUUGAUCGGGACUGGUUUGUUCUAUGUUAGAGUUGCAUUUGCCAUUUCGCGUUUAAGUUUAUUGGAAUUCAUAAGGCAUGACUUGAUCGGACCAGAGAUUGUGAUUUUUUUACUAGUACAUCUGGAUUCUACUUACUUUUCGUUUCUCUUUAUUGGCAAAGGAAUUUAAUUUUGUUGAAAAAAUCUCAUCCAAAGUUUGUGGAUUACUUCUCAAGGAUUGCAUCAAUUUCACCAAGCAAAGUUUGUUUACUGUUUCUAUAGACAUUGGCUCUGUUGAAAAGUUAAGGGGACUACUUUAAGUACUCGUUAAACUUUUGCAUAUAUAAUAUCUAAGUAAAGUCUGAAUGCUAGAACCAGCCUGUAGUCCAAGGUAUUCGAGAGUCUUUCGGGAUUAAUUUCUGUUUCAGUUGACCUUGGAAUAACCAUAGUAGUAGACUAUCAAGUGUUUUUCCGGUAGUAAUUAAUUGACAUGAUGGAUUAGAUUAUGCAAAAAAUGAUGGUAUUUGUCAUGAUUUAUUAUCAUAGUUUAUGCCUGUUGGGAAUAUAUUUUACCGUUAUAUGGCUACAAUUCCAAAGGAGAACAGGUCGGAAAAUGUUGAGUUUGACGUCUUCUCCUGAAGUUGAAAAUUGUGUUUGACAUCUUCUCCUGAAGUUGUGAAUAGACCUUGUAUUGCAGUAGCAGCUUCAUAGAUUGCUUGUUACCGGAGAAAAAGUUUCUGCACAUAAAGUUCUCUCUUUUGGUAGAUAUGGAUUGUAGACUGCAUCUGGUUUUGUUCUUCUCCUGUGUUUGUCUGAUUUGCUUGUCAGGUCAACAAGAAACUGGGUUUGUCUACAAUGGCUUCCAUCAAGAAGAUCUUUUUAUUGAUGGGAUCGCCAUGAUCCUUCCUGGUGGACUUUUGCAGUUGACAAAUGCUUCACAGUUGAAAAUUGGUCAUGCUUUUUUCAAGCAGCCCUUUGGUUUUGAUCCAUCUUCAUCACUCUCAUUCUAUACACAUUUUGUAUGCGCGCUGGUGCCUCCUAAGUUCGGAGCUGAGGUAGGCCACGGUAUGGCCUUUGUUGUAUCUCCUUCCAUGAAUUUCUCUCACGCGUUUCCAACUCAGUACUUGGGUGUCUUCAACAGCUCAACAAAUGUGACUUCCUCUUCUCAUCUGCUAGCUAUUGAGCUUGAUACUGUUGAGACAGUAGAUUUUCAUGAUCUAGAAAAGGCUCAUGUUGGGAUUGAUGUGAACAACCCGAUAUCUAUUGAGUCUGCUCUCCCGUCUUACUUUUCUGACGCCUUGGGGAAGAAUAUAAGCAUAAAUCUCGUGAGUGGGGAGCCUGUUCAGGUGUGGAUUGAUUAUGAUGGAUCGUUGCUAAAUGUUACACUGGCCCCUAUAGAGAUUCAGAAACCAAACCGGCCUCUUAUAUCAAGAGACAUCAAUCUGUCAGAAAUUUUUCAAGAUAAGAUGUAUAUUGGGUUCUCUGGAUCAAAUGGGAGAUUGACCAGUAACCAGUAUAUACUCGGGUGGAGUUUUAGUAAAAGCAAAGAAUUUAUGCAGUCUCUGGACCUCUCUAAACUCCCCCAGGCUCCUAUUCCUAGAAAUGAACAGGCCCCCGUUCCUAGAGAGGAAAAAAAGAAAUUACAUCCGCUACUUAUUGGUUUGGUCAUCUUAUUGGUGAUCCCUGUGCUGAUGGUUCUCGGAGGAGUUUAUUGGUACAGAAGAAAGAAGUAUGCAGAAGUAAAAGAAUCAUGGGAAAAGGAAUACGGCCCACACCGAUAUUCCUACAAGUCUCUGUACAAAGCAACAAAUGGGUUUGUCAAAGAUGCUCUUGUUGGUAAAGGUGGGUUUGGAAAAGUCUACAAAGGAACUCUGCCCGGAGGCAGGCAUAUAGCUGUGAAAAGACUAUCCCAUGAUGCAGAGCAAGGGAUGAAACAGUUUGUGGCAGAAGUCGUAACCAUGGGAAAUAUACAACAUCGGAACUUGGUUCCUCUCCUCGGGUAUUGCAGGAGAAAAGGUGAGUUACUACUGGUCUCUGAGUACAUGUCCAACGGUAGUCUUGACCAGUACUUGUUUUAUAACCAAAACCCAUCUCCAUCAUGGUUGCAAAGAAUUUCUAUUCUUAAGGACAUUGCCUCGGCUCUCAAUUACCUGCAUUCAGGAGCCAAUCCAGCUGUUUUGCACCGGGAUAUAAAAGCUUCUAAUGUCAUGUUAGAUUCUGAGUAUAAUGGAAGAUUAGGAGAUUUUGGUAUGGCCAAGUUUCAGGACCCCCAAGGCAACCUAUCUGCAACAGCUGCUGUGGGAACCAUAGGUUACAUGGCACCUGAGCUAAUAAGAACUGGAACUUCUAAAGAAACUGAUGUGUAUGCCUUCGGUAUCUUCCUUCUUGAAGUAACUUGUGGAAGGCGACCAUUUGAACCCGAGUUACCAGUGCAAAAGAAAUAUCUGGUCAAGUGGGUUUGUGAAUGCUGGAAACAGGCUUCUUUGCUCGAGACCAGAGAUCCAAAAUUGGGAAGGGAAUUCUUAUCCGAGGAAGUCGAAAUGGUUUUGAAACUUGGGUUGCUCUGCACAAAUGAUGUUCCAGAAUCAAGGCCUGACAUGGGACAAGUGAUGCAAUACCUAAGCCAGAAACAACCCUUACCGGAUUUCUCAGCAGAUUCUCCAGGUAUUGGGGGUUUUAUGCCAGUUUCAGUGGAACCAUCAUCUACCAUUGGUAUCCCAGAUUCAUCAAUGCAUGUUACUCACUCGAUCUUGGAAGGGUAUGGAAGAUGAGAUCUAAGAAACUCAGUAUUUCUGCAUCUAAAUCUCUAUAGCUAGCUACCCAAAUAUUUUAUUUUAAGGAAUUAACUAUAUUGCUAGUUGUUGUUUUUUUUAAGUGAUCUUGUCUUCUGUAUAGUUUUUAAGUGAGAAGAUAUUAAUUUCCUUGACUGUAAGGCCAAGAAAGUUUAUAACAUGUAUAAAAAUUUCUUGUGUUGGUAUAUGUGACAUGACCAUCGCCAGUUCGAAUGCAUUGAUUUGUUACCAUCUCUCUUCCUUAAACUUGAAACAACACUUUAACGGUCUUGUUCUUGUAUUGGGAUCUAGAAGUUUUAUCCUGGUUGAUUUUAUAGAUAUUGAGCUAAAUGGAUGAUGAUCGAGUUUCAAAAGAUGUUAAUUUAUUGGAUUAGAACUUUAGGUAUGACUGGUAUGUUUUAUGUGAGACUUGUAUAUGCUCUUUCAUGUUUUUGUUUAAUUGGAAUUCUUAAGAGCUGAAUUAGUUAAA